UACGUGUUCCGACUGGAGCCUUUAACUUACAAGCAUCUCGGAGGGAAGAGGAGGAGGAGAAAAAAAGAAGGAGAGGACUUUCCCCCCGGCUUUUUAUCUGGAGAAUGAAACAAGUUCGGCAGUUACGAGUUUUGUCAGCUUUAAACUUCAGUCCGGAGACUUUCUGUGCGUAAAACGACGCAUUUGUUUGCGUUUUCCUCGACUUGGAUGAAGUUCUGCGUGGAAACAGAUGAUAUUUGAGAGCUGAGGGAGAAGAGGAGGUGGGUGUCGAGACUGUGGGGCGCUUUUCUUGUUCCUUUUUGCGCAUGGAUCUCGGAUACAAGUUUGUUAGAUUUGGAACUGAAAAGUGUAAAAGUGGAAAAAGUUUCGCUGCUGCUGCCUUUUAAAACUCAUCCAGGCAGAUACUUCAGUUUAACUGUAGAGGAAAAGCAAGAAGUUGAAGUAACUUUGUAGUGAAAGCCAGAAAAAGACACAAGUUGUAUCAGAAGUAUUAGAAUUAUGGCACUAAAAGCCAAAGUGUUGUAUGAUUUCCACUCGGAGAACCCAGGAGAGAUCUCCAUAGCAGAGAACGAGCUGGUGACUCUGUUCAGCGAGGAGGAGCUGGAGGGGUGGCUGGAGGGGGAGAACAGCAGGGGGGAGGCUGGCCUCUUCCCUGCCUCCUAUGUGGAGAUCAUCCGGGACCACAUCACCUCCAGCACCAACAACAAUGGCUUCUCCUCACCCAAAACCAAAACCCAGACCCCCUCCCAUGCUUCCUACACGUCCUCAGACUCCCAGUCCCAGAGGGGUCUGGGUGCUGGUAGUGGUGGGAGCAGCUUCCACACCAGUCAGGGCAGCGAUGACGACUGGGACGACGACUGGGACGACACCUCUCCAGCAGCAGACGCCCCUCAGGGUUUCGGCAGCAGCCCUCCCUUGUACCCGGUCACCACCUCCCUGCCGGGUCGGGGCAGCGCCCAGCAGAACCAGCAGCAGCAGGCCAAGAGCUCGGCCACAGUGGGGAGGAACCUCAACAGGUUCUCCACCUUCGUCAAGUCCGGAGGUGAGGCCUUCCUGCUCGGGGAGGCCUCGGCUUUUGUCAAGGACGGGGACAAGAUCUGCGUGGUGAUGGGGAAGCACGGACCGGAGUGGCAGGAGGACCCCUACCCGUUCACCUGCACCAUAGACGACCCCACCAAGCAGACCAAGUUCAAAGGCAUGAAGAGCUACAUGUCCUACGGUUUGACCCCUACGCACACCAACAUACAGGUCAACCGCAGGUACAAACAUUUCGACUGGCUCUACGCCCGCCUCGUGGAGCGUUUCCCCGUCAUCUCAGUGCCCCACCUGCCGGAGAAACAGGCCACAGGUCGCUUUGAGGAGGACUUCAUCUCCAAGAGGAGGAAGGGUCUGAUCUGGUGGAUGAACCACAUGAUCAGCCACCCUGUGUUGGCUCGCUGCGACGUUUUCCAGCAUUUCCUAACAUGCGGGGCCGACGAGAAGGCCUGGAAACAAGGCAAGAGGAAGGCGGAGAGGGACGAGCUGGUCGGGGCCAACUUCUUCCUCACAAUCAGCACGCCUGCCGUCCCCCUGGACCUCCAGGAAGUCGACAGCAAGAUGGAAGGCUUCAAGACAUUCACUAAGAGGAUGGAUGAGAACAUCGUGGUCGUGAACGCCACCAUCAAUGAGUUCGCACACAAACAGGUGGCAGGGUUCAAGAAGGAGUAUCAGAAGGUCGGACAGUCCUUCAAACUCCUGGCGCAGGCCUUCGAGUUGGACCAGCAGGCCUACUCAGCAGGCCUGAACAAGGCCAUUGCCUACACCGGCGACACCUACGAGGCGAUUGGAGAUUAUUUUGCUGAGCAACCGCGACAGGACCUGGACCCCAUUUCUGACCUGCUGGACCUCUACAGAGGACAUCUGGCCAACUUUCCUGACAUCAUCCAUGUGCAGAAAGGUGCACUGACGAAAGUGAAAGACUGUCCGAAGCAGGAAGGUGACCUCCACGACCGCUGCAACAUCAUUUCUUGCGCCACGCUGGCAGAAAUCCAGCACUUCCACCGCACACGCGUACGAGACUUCCGCUCGCAGAUGCAGCACCACCUCCGCCAGCAGAUCGGCUUCUUCCAGAAGAUCACCGCCAAGCUAGAGGACGCUCUGCAGAGGUACGACGACAGCCAGUAGGAGGAGAAGACAAGGUUGGACUACAGAGGCCUCGAGGACGCUGGGGAGGAAGCCUGAGGAGGGAGAUAACUGAUGGAUUCCACUUCUGAUGAUGGAGAACGUCUCAUUGUCUUUUAAGAGAGAAACCCUUUGAGACUUGCAUUGCGCUGCGAUGGAUCCUGCGCCUGCUGGAAGAAAUACACCACUCUUUGAAAAGUACAGGCCGCAUGACAACUUCUUGGAUUGUCUGAACGGCUCUGAUGAAUGUACCAGUAACAGGGAUUUUGCUGACGCUCCAGGCACGUCUUGCAACUCAGCGGGACUGCGGGAAAUAUUUUAAACAGCUGCUCUCAAUAUGACGGGGGCCGCCGUUUGAUUCCCAGUUUCGGGGUCACGUGACCGACUCCGCUGCCUCGAUGCUCCAUGGACGCCCUAGGAAAUCACUUCAACUGGAUUUUUUAAUGCUUAAAAGACAGAACUAACUGAUGUUUUGUUAUCUCAGUAUGUGUUUGUUUUUACUUGAAUCACCCACUCAGUAUUGUUCUGACAGCUCAUGUAUGUGACCCUGGAAAGAGGGAACGAGGGACGAAUCCACACCCCUGGAUCAGAUUAGUAGCUGGAUUUCCAUUACAGCUUGAAAUCUGACCUACUUUGGAUGUCUAACCUCCCUCUGUCUCACCUUGGCUAUGUGCUGUUUUGAAACCCUCUGUUCUGUAUUUUUAGUCUUUUUUUUUUUUUUUUACUGUCCGUCUACUCAUUUGGGAAGUCGCUCCACAGUUUCUCUUUUUUUCCAGAUGUUUUAAUAAAACCUGACAUCUGUCUCUUGGCUUGUUCCAGGAGGAGGUCGGAGGUCAGCCUCGGGGUGGAGGUUCUUCAUGAUGGAUGCUUUCGUGAUUGCAGCAUAUUUUGAAUUCUUUUCAGGGCAAAGGUUUUGAAAAGAAAUUGGCAAUUCUUGUGAAAAUUGGUCAUCUGAAAGCCGGAUUUCUGGCGUUAACCUUUUCAAACACUGCAUAUCGCACCUCACAGAACUGAUUCUGGAUCCUAGAGAGCCUCCUGUGCUAAUUUAAUAAGCCUGACUUAGAGAAAAACUUUGAAUUUAAGCGUUAUGGGGUUGCAGGAUAAGCAUCUAAUAUGUGGAGAUAAAAAGUUCAGUGCAUUACGAUGGUUUACAGUGUCUACUGCUGUCAGUGUUUCACUCACAUAGUGUAGUCCUUCCUCUCCUGGGAUUUUUACUUUAAAAGGUUUAUAACGGGACAAACCACCAUCCUGGUUGUUGUUUUUUUAACAGUGUUCCUCAGAAAUGUAACUCACUAGGAUCACGUAAUGUAACACGACGGGACAGAACUUCAGCAAAUGAAUAAAAGUAGAAUUUAUUUCAA